CUCGGAACAAGAAGGGAUUCUCCUGCACAAGACUAUCAAAUGAGACUUCUGGGCCAAAGCCAUACUGGGGAAGGGGAACGUUGGCAGCUGCUCCCGUGCGGGACGGACUCGGGGAUGGGGCAUCCUGAGAGCAUGAAGCAAGCUUUUCUACCGAGAUGCAAUAACCUCGUGUUCUCCUGGUGUAUCAGUCCUAUCGGAGCCCAUCAGGGCGCACAGUCAACGUGAACUAUAAGCUUGUCUACCUUGCACCCCACCAGCUGUUGUACACGUGUCCUCAACGAGGCAUGACCUGUACAUUGUCAUAAUGGUCGAUGACGAAGCAGAUUGAAUCCUUCACCUUAAACUUGAGGUUAUUAUCAUGUUAAUGUAUAACCAGCUAUUGAUGCAAUAUUGAUGGCUUGCCUUUCUGUUUA